UCAGCUCCCCUAAGAAAAUACAUCUGACAAAUCGUUUUCAUGGUCAGGAAAACCACUCUCCCGGCGAGCUGUCUCCGUUUCACUCGGACUAUUUGCCCAGCCAUUUUUGGACCAACAUUUUCUCUAAUUCCAACUUCAACUUGGAUUUGAUUUGAUUUGAUUUGAUUUAUGCAAAAUUCGAAUUCUGGGUUGCAGAUUGAUUGAUUGUUUGAUCAGUAAAAUUUGAGUCUUUAUCUCUUCUCUCUUAGUUUGUUUAUAUAUUAGGGUUCAUAUAUAUAUAUAUGAUAUAUAUAAUCAAAUUUGAGAUGUUCAACAAAAUAAUAAAGCGCGGUCACCGCAAGGUAUCAAAAUCGGAUGUUAACGCUUUUGGGUUCCCUGCUCCUGGCAUUAGCGAUACAGGUUUGGUUUAUGCCUCCAAUGUCGUAGUAAAUCAUUCCUCCAGAGCGAUUCUAUCUGUAAAUCUCAGGCAUCAGCACUCUUCUGGGAACGCAACAGUAUCUGCCCCGGCCCAUUCUGGUAUUAUUGAAUCCCUCCCCAUGUUCCGGGAUGUUCCACUUUCCGAACGGCAAGACUUGUUUCAUCGAAAAUUGCAAAUUUGUUUCAUACAGUUUGAUUUCUCUGAUAUUCUGAAAAUGAUUAGGGAGAAGGAGAUGAAACGCCAUGCUCUUUCUCAGCUAGUUGACUAUGUAGAAUCUGGUUCUGGUAAGAUUACAGAGAGCAACCAGGAAGAAAUGGUUAGCAUGAUUUCAUCAAACAUGUUUCGUUGUCUGCCACCAACUUCCCAUGAAAACACAAGUUCAGAGUUUACAGAUCCAGAUGAGGAUGAAACUUACCUUGAUCCAUCAUGGCCACAUCUUCAGUUGGUAUAUGAGCUUCUCUUAAGAUACAUUGUAUCUUCUGAUACUGAGACAAAGAUUGCUAAACGUUAUAUUGACCAUUCGUUUGUUUUAAGGUUGCUUGAUUUAUUUGAAUCUGAGGACCCUCGAGAAAGGGAUUAUUUGAAAACUAUCAUCCAUCGAAUAUAUGGGAAAUUCAUGGUGCAUCGGCCUUUCAUUAGAAGGUCAAUCAACAAUAUAUUUUCUCGUUUUAUUUAUGAGACACCGAGGCAUAGUGGUAUCAGUGAGUUGUUGGAAAUCCUUGGAAGCAUCAUAAGUGGAUUUGCUCUUCCAAUGAAAGAGGAGCAUAAAUUGUUUCUAGUUCGAGCUCUUAUUCCUUUGCAUAAACCUAAACUCAUUGCUAUAUACCAUCAACAGCUAUCAUAUUGCAUAGUUCAGUUUGUAGAGAAGGAUGAUAAAUUGGCUGAUAUUGUUAUAAGUGGUUUAUUGAAAUGUUGGCCUAUGACAAACUGCCAGAAGGAAGUUUUAUUUCUUGGGGAGCUUGAAGAAAUAUUGGAGGCAACACAGGCUGCAGAAUUUCAGCAUUGCAUGGUUCCGCUCUUUAGGCGCAUAUCUCGAUGUCUAACUAGUCCUCAUUUUCAGGUUGCCGAAAGAGCUCUUUUCCUCUGGAAUAAUGAUCAUAUCAUAAGUUUGAUUGCUCAAAACCGAAGUGUUGUCUUGCCCAUUAUUUUUCAGGCUUUGGAGAUGAAUAUUAGGUCUCAUUGGAACCAAGCAAUCAAUGGGUUAAGUCUUAAUGUAAGGAAAAUGUUCAUGGAUAUGGAUGUUGAGUUAUUUGAAGAGUGUCGAAAACAGUAUGCCGAAAAGUUGGCAAAUGCUCAGGAUCUAAUAGUGCAAAGGGAAUUGAUGUGGCAGAGAUUGGCUGCUGCGGCCUCUCAAGGUGUUGUAAAUGAAUGAAUGUUCAAAUAUAUAUAUCCACUGUAGAUUCAUGGUUCCCACUGCUUUGAGUUAAGAUGAA